GGAAGCUGGGAAAAUAAUAGCGGUGACGUCGCAAAGAUCCAUGAAAAUCCAUCAAAACUCCGGUUGAGGUUACGGUUUCCUUCUCCUUGCGGCGGUUGUCGGCUAACACGCCGGGACAAGACAUGCCUACUCACAAGGUAUUCAGGUAAUGUUUGAGGAACCUAAGGCGCUUAAAUUUUCUUGACCGACUCCGGCUUCCAAUAUGUGUGAGUCGAAUAUCCGUCAAAGGUUGAUAAAUAGGACGCGAUUCCUUUUACCUGCCAACCUUGCCUGACCGUGACUUGUGACUUUGCCCCCUUGUGAUAUAUUGCCCGAAGUUUGUUGAAAUUUAGAUAAAAUUGGUUGCUAGCCAUAUAAGCUCAUUCGACAAUCAAUUCUCAGAGAGCAUGGCGGAUCCUAAGGUCGGCACUCCUCAGAAUCCCGAGCAAAAGAGAUCGAACAGCAUCCAGACGGUCGGUUCGGACUCAACCCUGCCGUCCAGUCCAAACUCAAUCAUUUCGAGAGCAUGGGAUCAUAUGCUAGAGCCCGUUCGUCCGUCGGGAUUUGUUGAAUUUGAACUACUGAUUCUGACCUUCUGCAUCGGCAUCCAAGAUGCCAUCUCCUUUCCCGAUUUCCACUGUUUCGCAUCGAACCAGACAGGAAACACGGUUUUUCUCAUGCUGGCUAUUAUAUUACCCGAUUUUAACGGCGAGAUGUUCAUAACGGCAAACAUUGGGGCAGCCCUUGGCUUCUUCCUCCUGGGCAGCUGGGUAACUGGCCAGAUAGGCCACGUCGUUGGACCGCGGCGGCGAAUAUGGCUCGUUGGUUGCAACUUCAUCCAGUCGUGCUUGGUAUUUGCCGCUGCAGCUACGCAAUACGUACAUGGCAACAAAAUAGAAGGAACCGAUGCGAUAAUCCCUAUAGCACUGCUAGCCUUUGCGUCUGGCAGCCAAGUCGUACAGUCGCGCGCGUUUCGGAUGACCGAGAUAAGCACGGCAAUGGCCACGGCCGCUUGGGUUGACCUGGUGAUCGAUCCGGGUCUGCUCAAACUGCAGAACCGACCCCGCACGAGGCGUGCUAUGUUCCUGACAACUCUUGUCGCUGGCUCUCUCGCAGGUGCGGGAAUCUACCGAACUGCUGGAUCUUGGGUGGCCAUCUUGGUAUCGGCUGCCGGAAAGAUGCUCGUCACAUGUAUGUAUUUAUUUAACAGUGCCGAGAAACCUAGGAAGACCAGCGGGGAAGAUGCGUGUUAGAUGAUAUAGGAUAAUGGAAUAUGAGGCAUGAGGAAUGAAACAUGAUAAGAUGAAGACAGAUAGCGAAUAAUUAGACUUGAUUUCAGCUACAUUUUGUUAUAUUUUGAAUAUGUCGUGCUGCUGGCGUUUCUAGCUCGGUGUAUGGUACUUCAUUAAGCAUUGUAUUGACUGGAUUGAGGUAAAAUUUCAAGGGCUUUCCCAACUUUCCCUUUCUUUUCGAGUAAGAUUCUCAAGUUGAAGCUUAAUGAGAUGAGCUUAGGUAUAAUAUGACCCGAGAAAUAUUGAUUUCAUUACGACGAUUGGUUGAAAGGUAGAUU